ACUUCAGUUGUUGAAAAUAUUACAGUACUGUUAUCAUAAACAUCUCAAAAAUAUGAUUUAACAUUUCUGCGAGCUAUAACGUAAGUGUUUCGGUGCCAGAUAUUUUGUAAUUGUUCACGGUUCGUUUAUGUCUAUCUGGAAAGUAUAAAUCUUAAAAAAUGGUGUCAGUGAGGCUGUUGGUUAUAUUAUUGUUGACAUGGGAAACAUUUGCAAUAAUUCUUAAAAAUGGUGGUUACGAGGAUGUAUAUGUUAUUAUACUUGAUAGCAACAGCGAAAAUGACGUUCCCAUAAAGAGAAUACGGGAUGUGAUGACAAGUGCCUCGAAACUGUUGUUUACAGCUACGCAUAAUCAACUCUAUUUUAGAAAGAUAAGUAUUAUUGUACCGAGAUCAUGGCCUUCAAAACCAGAAUAUAAACAGAUUCCUACCUCUCCAAUCAAAGAGUCAUAUUUCUCAGUGGAUGCAAAUGGACACAAGGCUCCUCAAGUUAAAGGUCACUUUAUGUGCGGGAAAGGAGGCCAUUACAUGCAUUUGUCGCCAACAUUCUUGAAAACAGGACGGUCAAGAUGGGGACUUCAUGAUAGAGUGAUUGUUCACGAAUGGGGUCACCUUAGAUGGGGAUUAUAUAAUGAGUUACCAGUGGGAGCAGAAAAAUUCUAUCAAGCAGAUGGAAAAUGGAAUCCUGUGAGGUGUACGGAAUCAAUUGACGGAGACAUAGGUUUAUAUGAACGGGGCAAAUGUAAACAAUCAAACGAAUGCAACAUAAACGACGCAAGCAAGAAAAUGAACAAGAACUGCUCAUUUUGUCCAUCACCGUAUCAAGAUGUAGAUGCUAGUUUAAUGGGAAAUCAGUGGAUAGAUAAGUUGUCAGACUUUUGUGACGAGGAUGUUCCAACGGUAAAGAAAGAACACCGACACGACAGAUUUGCUCCAACAGAACAAAAUAAACAAUGCAAUUAUAAAAGUGCUUGGGAAGUUAUGAGAGAACACACAGAUUUCCAAACCGCGACAAAACUGCCACCUUCCACCAAUACAGUCCCCGAAUUUGAGAUAAUUCAGGAGACAACGGGCUACCGUGUAUUUGUUCUCGACAUCUCGGGGAGUAUGGAGGGAAGCCGAAUGACAACUCUUCGACAAACUACUGAUUAUGUCAUACAAGAACUCAUUUCAAAAGGGAGUUGGCUUGGUAUAGUUUCAUUCAGUACAAACGCUGCAGUAGAAAAAGACAUUAUCGAAGUGAACACACAGACUGACCGCGAUGAUCUAAAGAAUGCUGUACCAACGAAAGCCAAAGGUUGGACCUGUAUUGGGUGCGGAUUAAUGGAAGCAACAAAGAUAUUGAAAAGACAGCUCGGCAAAGCCACAAACGGAGAGAUUAUCUUGAUCUCUGACGGGGAGAACACCCCUGAACAUGGCGAUGUCGAUAUAAAUACAGCACGCCAAGAAGUUAUUGAUGCGAAAAUAAUAGUUCACACUAUAGCUGUAUCACAACAAGCCGACACAACACUUGGCGACAUUGCAAGGGAAACUGGCGGUAGAUUUUACACGUACCUGGACAAGGGAAGCAUAAGUCUCGUUGGUGCUUUCUCUCAAGCACUCUCUAGUGGUCUUACAUCAGCAGCCAACCGAAAUGUUAUGCUAUUAUCGGAGAAGAAAGAUUCGGUACAGUCUAAAGUUAGCAGCAUUGAUUUUGCAAUAGAAGACGGCCUAGGAAAGGAUACUGCAUUUACUUUUAUGACCCCAGUAGACAGAAAUAUACAACUACAGCUCAAUGGACCAAACAAUUAUACGCAAUACCUAGAGACGCAUGGAAAUAUUGCAACAUUGUCUGUUCCAGAUAUUGCACAGGCAGGGGAAUAUUCAAUGACAGUAACAACAGACGAGAUUCCAGGAACUGUUGAGUAUCAUGUAAAGUCUGUUAUGACGAGCGACGAUGUAGUACGAGUUACAUCAAUGUUGUCGACCAAUAAUAUCGAUUUUUCCUCUGGAGAACUACCAGUCAUAUUCGCCGAUGUUUCAAAAGGCUACCUUCCGGUACUUAAUGCCACAGUUUCAGCCAUUGUGGAGACGGGUGUAAAAUCCUGCGAUGUCAGUCUUAAGGACGACGGAAUAGAUCCAGAUGCAUUUGUCAAUGAUGGAAUCUACUCGGGGUAUAUAUUCCCAAACUGCCUACAUUCUGGUCGAGUCAACGUAAAAGUGAACGUGAAAGGAAGUAAGGGAGAAACAAUGAUUUUGAAAAGUGUGACUGGAGCCGCGAAUCCAGUUGAAGUUGAUGAGAAACCUGUAAUAUAUAACAGCUCUUUUCAACGUGUGGAAGUUUUGGAGGAGUUAUACGUUACAAAUUAUAAAGAUACCGGGACAUCAGAUGUCAUAGCGCCUGGAAGAAUAUCUGACGUAUCAUUGUACCAUAUCAGGAAAAAAUCGACAUCCCAAGGAGAAAGUCGAAAUUUCACUGUAACUUGGACGGCAACAGGAGAUGAUAAAAACAUCGGUCAAGCUUCUAGUUACAUUCUACGAAUUUCGAAUGAUUUUGAAACUCUGCUUAACGAUUUUGAUUCUGCUGAACAACUUGAAAUGGGAAACGUUUCGUUAAUUCCACAAGAGUCGGGAGAAACAGAAGCUUUAAAGAUUGUUGUAGAUGCCGAGCAGGCCUACACGGAAACUUCGUUCUUUGCUAUUCAAGCUGUGGACGAAGCAGGUAACAAAGGUGACGUCUCAAAUAUCAUCUCUAUAGUUGUUGCCAAGGGUUAUCGUGCGGCUGGAGAAGAAGGAUCUCUUACUAUUGAAGAUGAUAAAGAUAAUAUUACCUCGACUGCAGAAUGUAACUGCGGAAUGAAAUUACUUACAGCUGUACAAAUAAUUGUAAGUUUUGUGUAUUGCUUUUGUUUGUAGUGAAUGUCUUAGUAAUACAGACACUUGAAAUGAUAAAAACAAUAGACACUUACGUUUUCAGCAGUUAUGUAUCCACAGAAACUGUGAGAAUUAGAAGUAGUGGCUCAAAAAGUCAAAUGUUCCUUACAAUAUUAGUUCAUGUGACUGAUCAUUAAGUUCAAUGUUUGCCUCAAUACACUAUUUGUAAUAAUUAUAAAAAGGAACAGCAUUCUAUUUAUACUUUUGUACGCAGUUAAAUGCUACAUACUUUUACAGAUAUAUGUUCAUAAACAUAAACACGGCCUGUAUUCA